AUGGUACGAUUCGGUCGGGUCAAAAAGAAGCCCAAGGCGGAAAAUACCAAGGCUGACCUGGAUAUGCUUGUGUUACCCACGUCAGAGCCCCCCCGGCCCCCGCGCAUCAGUCUACCCCGUGUGGAAACACGUUUGAAUAUGCAUCAGUACAAUGGAUUAUUUGAUGCUGGCUCCCCGGAGCAGCAAAACGGGUCUGCGCCCACUGAAUCUUCGGAAACCAUGGUUUCCCUCUCCAAUCCUACGAACGGCGAUGCCCCCACAGCCGAAUGGUCCGCCGUCGGGCACGCAGCUACUGGCAAAUCCGGUCGAGUCAUACACAAUCUGCAGGAGGACAUUGCACGCCUGACCCGCGAAUGCAGUGUAUAUCGCUCGCGAGCAGAAGAGACGCAGCGGAUAAACGAGGCCUUCAAAAUACAGGUCCAGAACAUGUCGGAACGGCUCCGUAAUCUUGAACAGGCGAACGAGACAAACCUUCAUUCCAUCUCGCGCAAAGACAGGAAAAUCGAGGAACUGCGGGCGGAAGCCCAGACUGAAAAAGAAAGAAGGAACCAUGCCCAGGGAGAAACAAGUAAAAUCCACCAAAUGAUGGCCGAGGCUCGGGAUGAUUAUAAUCGAAGAUGCGCGGAACUCAACGAGAUGGCCGCCCAUGCGCGAACCCAGUACGAUGUUCUUGCAAAAUCCAACCAGCGAGAACGAGCGGAUCAGCAGAAAAAAUUUAACUCAAUUCGCGACGAUGUUCUUGCUUUGAAAGCGAAACAUGAAUCGAAAAACGUGGAGCUGGAACGGUUAGAUGCUGUCAUGGCCCAGAAGAACCGUGAAAUUGAGACUAGCAGAGAGAAUUUCGAAAAGCUGUUUGAGGACUACGAGGCGUACAAGAAAGCGAACGACGAGGAGCUGAGGGGUUUGAUCGAAAAAGGUCAACAGGGCGAGGCAAAGAUCAACGCUGCUCUCGCCUCGCUGAAGGAAACCGAAGGGCAAAUGAAAUGGGCCAUCCGGAUCAAUGCUGAUGCCAAAGCCUCCGAGUGA